CGUCUGAUACCGGAAAUGGACGUGGCAUGUCAAACUAUCAGCAGUCAGUCAUCUGUUAGAUCUCAGUGAUUACCUGUAGUAGUUGCUUUUCUGACUCUCACUCCCAUCUGUCUCGUUCUAAUGUCCGGAUAGCGCUCUCGGAGGCUCAGCGGGGGUGAUGGGGGUGUUUUGGCGCUGGUUUUGGGGCUUGAUUUGGUUCGGAGUGUCUGCAAAUCGUGCAGGAUCUCCUGUGUUUUCUGAUGAGAUCCCCUUCAAAAUCAAAUGGCCCGGAUCAGACUUCACCCUGUCAACAUCUGGGGGCCUGUACAGAAAAGAUAACUAUGUUAUUAUGACAACUGCGGAAAAAGAAAAGUACAAGUGUUUAUUGCCAUCUUUGUCCAGCAAUCAGGAGGAUGAUGUGAAGGAGUAUAGCGGACCGAGUCCAGCCAUGCUACUGGAGCCGUUAUUCAAACAGAGCAGCUGCUCCUACAGAAUCGAGUCAUACUGGACAUAUGAAGUGUGCCAUGGGAAGCAUAUACGGCAGUACCAUGAGGAGAAGGAGACGGGGCAGAAGAUCAACGUUCAGGAAUACUAUCUGGGGACCAUGAAUAAAAAAGAGAGUGCAGAGUCAGAAACUGAUCAAUCUGGAGACCCUGAAAAAGAAGCAUCAGACACAGAGGUGCCAACGAAGAAUAUAGAAGGUCAGCUCACGCCAUACUUUCCGGUUGAGAUGGGACAUGGGACCGAAUGCUCUGUGAGACAGAAUGAACCUCGCACUACCACAGUGCUGUACGUCUGCCACCCGGAGGCGAAGCACGAGAUCCUCACAAUCGCUGAGGUCGUCAGCUGUCAGUAUGAAGUGGUGGUGCUCACACCUCUCCUCUGUCCUCACCCCAAUUACAGGUUCAAGUCCUCCCCAGUGAACGACAUCUUUUGUCAGGCUCUGGGUGGUUCCCCUCUCAGACCUCAGAGUCUGUCCCAGCUGGAUCGUGAACAGGAAGAGCUGCUCAAACCACCGUUCAGCUCAAGCAUCGAACGGGACUUGAGGGGAUCCAGGGAGGACAAACUUCCUGUGAAGGAAGAGGCAUAUACCUCUACCCAUAAGCCCCUGACAGUGGGCGGUCAAGCCCAGGUCACCGUUGGCACAACUCACAUCUCUCGUCUAACUGAUGAACAGCUGAUCAAGGAGUUUCUGAGCGGCUCGUACUGUCUGCAUGGGGGGGUUGGAUGGUGGAAGUAUGAGUUUUGUUAUGGAAAACAUGUACACCAGUAUCAUGAUGAUAAAGAGCAAGGGAAGAACAUUGUGGUGGUGGGAAGCUGGAACACUGAGGAUCAUAUAAACUGGGCCAAGAAAAAUGUGGCACGAUCUUAUCAUUUAAAAGACGAUGGAGUGCAAAAAGUCAAGAUCGUUUCUCACUUCUAUGGCCAUGGAGAUGUUUGCGACCUAACAGGGAAACCGAGACAGGUUGUAGUCAAGCUUAAGUGUAAGGAGUCAGACUCUCCUCAUGCUGUUACAGUUUACAUGCUGGAACCUCAGACCUGUCAGUAUAUUCUUGGGGUUGAGUCUCCUGUAAUAUGCAAGAUCUUGGACACUGCAGAUGAAAAUGGAUUUCUUUCAAUCCCUAGCUAGCCUGCAUGAUUGGUACCGAGAUGGAGGAACAAUUGCUUGAAGAAGAGGGAGAGAUAAACGUCUGAAAGUCUGGUUCAAUAGAUCAUGAAAAUAACAUGGACAUCCUGAACCUCAGACCUCAACCUUUUGAGAAAGUCCCACACUGACUGCACUUUCUCUUGUGAAAAAGACUGAAGGAGAUUUGGUGAAACUUUUAAACCUGGAGAUGCAGCUAGGACUGAAUUCUCGAUAUUUUAUUGACAAAUCUCGAACCUGUUGUUGAAUAUUUUUGUUGGGCCUUUUUUUCAUGCUUUGUAACAUUUAGAUGGCUGGCAGUUCUUUAAAAUCUAAUCUAAUGAUUCAUUUGUUCUGGUAAUCAAUUAAUAUACAAGAUGGUCAACUGUUUUAAGUAUACAUUAUUUAUUUUGUCCAACUUCCCAUUAACAAUGUGCAGCUGGAGAUGGUUAUUAUUAAGUUUUUAAAAGAGACUCAAGUCAUUGGUGGCAAGGGAAAUACACUGUCUUAUAUGCAAAGGAAAUUGAAUGUAAUUAAAAAUUUUUUGGAAAUCAA